GACGAGUUCAUCAUCAUCGUAGUGAGGAGAAGAAAGACAACACGUCUACGAAAACACCAUUUACCACGACAAUCAUGCCGGACAGUGUUACUUCAGGUGCCACUGCCUCUGCGGCGCAUGCUGCGGCAGAGGCGCAAAGCAGCGGCACCACUGUUUCUGUUCUUGGGAAGAAAGAGCACUAUGCGGAGCAGGACCGAGACGACGAUUUUUUCCCCGUGAACAGCUACGUUUUGUACAACUCCUCGUCCUUGGGAAACCGCUGGAUCAAGGCGUUUAUGCAUUGAAAAAGUAUCGUACUGGGAGUAACCGCAUCAGAAAUUCGCUCAGCAUGACAAGUAGAAAUUUGCUAUGCUAAAUUACCUAAGAAAGCAGAUUUGUCAUGCAUAUAUUGCAAUGACUACGGCAUGGGUACGAUACUUUUCCAUUCGAUAGCGUUCGUCGAAGGCGUUGACUACGAGAACAACUGCUACCAACUGGACGUGAAACGCAACGCUCCGAAGGACCGCGUCCGCCGCCCGAACAAACCGCCGUCGCACGUAUAAUUUCUUGUCGCUUUUUGCAUUACAGAUGGGAUUAUGAAUGUGGAACUCAGCAUGACAAAUCGAAAUUCUAAAAUCCCUUCCCUCUACAGAUCCCCGCCCCCCGCGCGAACAGUGCUGGCCGUCGGUUGAGUUUCGGGGGGACGGCGAUUGGAGCUACUACGACGACGACCAAUUGUGCGGCGAACAAAUCUGUCAUGCUAAAUGACAAGGAGACCUGGGAAGAUGAGGAUUUUGACCAGCACGAACUCCGGUCCUCCGAGCGGGUGUUCGAGCUGAUUCCGAAAGAACCGCUGCAGAUUCCGUUUGCCAAGUACAAUGCGGAAAACACGUUCACGGAGCAGUUUAUCCAGUGCAAAAGUUUAAUCGUACUAGUAUAAAUUGCAUUUUUACAAUUUUCCUCAGCAUUAGAAAUGAAAUUUGUGAUGCUGAUUUACCUGAAGAAAAAGAUUGGUAAUGCAUAAAUGCAAUUACAAUUAGUACGAGUGCGAUACUUUUGCAGUGCAUACAGUCCCAAUCCGUGUCCGCUUCCGUUUCCGAAGAUGAACAAGAGCAGAACGAGGAUUCAGUGUCUGUCCGGACGGCCUCGCCGCCGAAGGAGGUGAACGGAGCAACUGGCUGUGAAAACAAGGAAGAAGAUGAAGUUAUCAAGUUUGCAGGAACUGCUCCGGUUUUGAUGCAGAAAGAUCAAACCGACAACGACGAGAAGAACGGUCAUUCGCAUCAAGGGCAGGAGCAGUUGCACGAAACCGAAAUCGACGACGACUCCAUUUUAUCCAGUGCAAACGCAUCGCACAACUACUCGUAGUAAUUGCAAUUAUGCAUUACAAAUCUUCAGCAUCCCGAGAUAAAACAGCAUGACAAAUUCCAUUUGUCAUGCUGAGGUAAAAACUUGUAAUGCAAUUACCACUAGUUCUAGUACCAGUGCGAUACUUUUGCAAUUCAUACAUCUCCGUCCGCACGGCUUCUCCCGACCGUGUUUUCCCGUCCCCAAACCAGUCGGUUUCUGUGGCGAGUUUAUCGGUGGCGGUUGUCCCGGUCCUCGAAGUAGAUCAUGCCACGGUUGCUGGGAUUGGUGCGAACUUCGGCAGUUCGAGUGGUGGUGACGGUAAUAUGGCAUUCUCAAACGUUACAUUCUCACCUGUUACACGAUUUGUCAUGCAAGAUGACCAUGAGCCGCCAGGUUAUCAAGCUGUUUCGCAUGACAAAUCCUCGAGGGGCUCAAUAGAAUCUAAAUCUGUGCGAAAUUAUUUGUGAUGCGAGAGUUGCAAGCUCGCCCCUUUCCCUAUUGCUGUUUUUGCAUCACAAAUCCAUGUAACAGUCAAGAGUGUAACGUUUGCGAUCGCCAUAUGUAAAAACAUCAGGAUCCGGGAAGAAGAGGUGGAAGUGAUGGUUGACCAGAAAGGGGAUUUGAUUUAUUGCGAAAAACCGGAAGAAGAUGAUGAUGAUCAGCAUGACACACACACAGCAGGACCUCUUGAUGCUCCGCGGUUGAAGAACAAAAGCAAGAAUCUCCUGUCUCCAGUGGAGGAGGAGCCGAGCAACGCAGAAUCUCUGUACGAGUCGGAGUCUUCCAGUUCGGAUAUUUUCGCGGAAAAGGAGGACAAAUACACAAUCGUGAUCGUGACGACGCCGGUUCUGGAGUCCGGGGAGCAUUAUGCAUUGCAAAGGGAUCGUACGUAGUGAAAAUUGCAAUACAAAUUUUCCAAGAGAUGACAAAAUACAAUUUGUAAGGCUGAUUCCCGUUAGGCCACAGAUCUGUCAUGCGUGACUGCAAUUAGCACGAACAAAGCGCGAUGCUUUUGCAAUGCAUGAGCACGACCAUGCGGCGUUGGAACGGAUGGUUGGGAACGGGCAGGUGGUGGUGAGUAAUGGGAUGACGGAGGAGACGAGUGGGUUCUCGUGUUUCGGGUUUCUGGCGAAAGUGGUGUUUUGCAAGUGAAGGGAGGUGGUACUGGUGUAGUGCGGAAGAUCAAUUUGUGGUGGGAGGGGAGAUGAGAGAUUAUUAGCGUUGUUCUAGUUCAAUUGCACGUUUUCAACGAAGAUGGAGUAUAUAUGUGUACGAUUCAGACAACCGAGACCGGAUGUUUCCGACCGCGAUUGAGAUUUUUUAGAAUUUAUGGUUCCACCGGUAGUUCUAGCUCAAUGUAUCAAAAUGUAAGGUCGUCGUCGUGUAGUUCGACGCACAAUUUUCAAAUUAUUAUCUGACCGAAGAUAUAUGAUUAUCAGCUUUAGCUUGCCCAGAAAAGAUACGAAGUCUAUGUUCUUUCACUUGUCAAGAUUAGAAGAUAAAUGCAAAAAUCUGUGACUGACUGUACCUAUCCGAUUUCUAAUUAACUUGCAGCUAAAUCUUUCUCCUUGAUCUCAUCCUUCGAAGUCGUGGAUGAACUGACAAACGAAAUUUGACUAAAACCUCAGAAAGCACCAGCGGGUGCAACUUUUAUCAUGGUUCAAAGUCAAC